AUGCAGACAGAGUCUCCCAUUCAUGUCUUCACCAAAUGUCCUGCAAUUCAACGGGCCGGCAGCUUUGCCAGCCGGUCGGCGCACGAGCUUUUCCGAGUCGCCACGCGGCAACCGCUGCAGUCGGACAGUCAGUGGAGCCGCAGCGCCGCUUGCAUCAGUUUCGCACCAGGCGUGCACACUGGUCUGAUCUCUGAACGCAUUACUGUGCAUUGCUGUUGCGUGGAAUGUCUUUCCGAGAAUAUGCUGAGGCCGUUUUACCCGAUGCAUGGCUUUCACGACGAGUCCGCCCGGCAAAACUGUUCCAGUGGACUCUCACACUGCGAAUGCACGUGUGAAUGGUACAUGAGACGCAAUUAUUGCAAGCGGACAGUGAGUGGAGCCACAGCAGUCAGCCCAAAAUCCGCACCCAUUCCAGAGCUUCAGUGGGUUCUUGCGAAAGGGACAUGCGGACUGUGCUGCUCCUUGUGA